AUGAAUAUGCAAACUAUUUUAGAAGAAAGUAAUAAAGAUAGCUUUUUAGCUUCUUUUGAUCAUGAAUCUGUGGCUUCUUCCAGUAAUCAAUCAACCAAUGUUAUUAAACGUGGUGGAUCUCAGUCUACUAGCAAAGUUUGGAAUUACUUUGAUAAAGAUGAUACUUCCGAAUAUGGUAUUUGUUGUGUUAAAGUUGUUGGAAAAGAUAGUACACAACCAUGCAAUAAAAGGAUACGAUAUUCAG